AUGGAAGUGAUCAAGUGCGAGGACAGGGAGCUCAUCCCUUCCCCUCCUCUCCUUCCCUUUGCCGUUACAGAGCAUGGAAGUGAUCAAAGCAUGGCAGUGAUCAAGUGCGAGGACAGGGAGCUCAUCCCGCUGCCCCCGCCCUGCUUCUCCGCUCAGCUGAUCGUCCUCCUCCCUUUCCCCAUCCCCUCUAUUGUAAUCCCUCCUCCUGCUACCAUUCAGACCAUGGAGGUGAUCAGGUGCGAGGACAGGGAGCUCAUCCCGCUGCCCCCACCUUACCUCUUCUUGGCCUUUUCUCAUUUCUCCCUCCCCAAUUUACUCUCACCCCAUCCCAAACUCAACCAGACCAUGGAGGUGAUCAGGUGCGAGGACAGGGAGCUCAUCCCUUCCCCUCCUCUCCUUCCCUUUGCGUCACAGAGCAUGGCAGUGAUCAGGGAGCUCAUUCCGCUGCCCCCGCCCGACCCGCUGCGCAACUACACGCCCGGGGCGGACAGGGGGGGAGUGGACCCUCCCUGUGGCUGUGACUGUCUGGGCUUGAUCCGCUACUUUGACGCGCACAUGAGCAACUUCCUGGGCGGGGUGGAGACGAUAGAGAACGCCGUGUGCAUGCAUGAGGAGGACUUCGGCAUCCUCUGGAAGCACGUCGACUGGCGCUCGGGCCACACGGAAGUGAGGCGGUCGAGACGCCUGGUGCUCUCUUUCGUGUGCACGGUGGCCAACUAUGAGUACGGCUUCUUCUGGUACCUCUACCAGGUAAGGGUGCUUUCCAACGGAUUGGGUUGUCUGUGUCAUGUGUUGUGCUCUCAAGGGGGGCUUGUUGGUCGAGAUGCCUGGUGCUCUCGUUCAUGUGCACGGUGGCCAACUACGACUACGGCUUCUUCUGGUAUCUCUACCAGGUGGGUGGUUCCUACCGGGUUGCUUGCUUUGUCUUGUCUGUGUGAUGUGCACUUACACACUAGAGGUGGGUUGGUGGGAAGGCUAGUGCUCUCGUUUCUCUGCACCAUAGUCAACUACGACUAUGGCUUCUUCUGGUAUCUCUACCAGGAUGGCAAGAUCGAAGCUCAAAUCAAACUCACAGGCAUCUUAUCAGUGGGGGCGUUGAGGGAGGGCGAGGAGAGGAAGUACGGCACGCUGCUGGCGCUGGGGCUGUACGCUUCCAUCCACCAGCACUUCUUCGUGGCUCGCAUGGACAUGGCUGUGGACUGCCGCCCGGGGGAGCAGGCUAACCAGGUGAGGAGAGAGUGGGGGAGUGUUGGGAGGGGUGAGGCUCGCAUGGACAUCGCCGUUGACUGCCGCCCGGGGAAGCACGCUAAUCAGGUGAGGGCAAUAGAGUUGAUUGGUUUAUGCUGUUGGAAGGUGGACCGUUCCCACCUCCCUCUCCUCCCCACCUUCGUCUAUCUCCCUCUCUCCUCCCCACCUCCCUCUCUCCUUCUCCUCCCCACCUCCCGCUCUCCUCCCGCCUCCCUCUCUCCUCCCCACACGUAA